AUGGCCUCAAAAACGAACAAAGUCUCCGCUAGAACAGCAAACCCAACUGUGGAAGUUUCCUGUUGCCUCACAACUACUCCUGGACCCGGAACCACCAUCCUUCUGACUCCAACGCCUACUUUCCUCCAGACAAUAGGUCAUACAGGACAGACCAUUCCUCCUUCCACAGAAUCUAGUAUUUCCUCUGUUGUCGCUCCAGUGUCCGGUCCAUCUCUGCUGUCUUCCUUGCCAAUUCCCCCCUCUCUAGCAAGCCUCCCAUCGACUCUGCCUUCUGGAGUCAAUUAUCUUUCUGCCUCGGGGUCAAGCCCUUCAUCAGCCUCUCCAUCCUUUUCCAACUUCACUCCCGUAUCGUUCGGAAUGCUGUCAACUCAGACUGCUGGUCCUCUUGGAUCUGUCGGUAGAGGCGGAGCCACUAUGACUGGGACUCCCUCCUCGGUCUUGGAGCCCGUAUUUUCACCAGUGCAAUUUCAGUCGAUGCUACCUCCUUCGGUACCCUUUUCCUCUCAUGGCCAGACGCCUCAGGCGGGCGAGAAGCUAAAUCAGCCGCGCUCUGGUGAGGUGUCUAAACCCGCGUUCUCGCUGGCCACGAUCCAGUGGCCGCUUCUUGGGCUCUCGACUCAUCCACCAUCAGUACAGGCAUAUUCCUCAUCACUUAUGUCGGCACAACUUGCGCCAGAGGCUGGCAAGAGCAAUCGUAGUGGGGAUUCAACGCGACCGAUCUCGCUGCCGGCCCAUCUAGAAGUUUUGAUGCAUACUAAACCGACGCUCAGUGAGAUAACCGAAAACUGCGAGGUAAAAAUGCAUGUAGAUUUUUGUAUGGCUGGACCAGAAUAG